AUGGCUGGAACCGGAGAAGAAGAGCGCCUUGCAUUGUCGGAUGUUGCUGCCACCACAUCCGCAGCCUCCGCCGCCGCGCCUGCCAAGGGAACCGCACCGCAAGAGGCCGCACCGCAAGAGGCCGCACCGCAAGAAGCCGCAAAGGCAGCCGAGACCACGGCCGUGCCUGCUGCGACCGGGUCCGCUGGCGCUGCUAAAGAUGCCUCCAUUGCCGCACCCGCAGCAACAAACACACCCGCCGUGGCCGAGUCUUCGACGGCAGCUACCGUCCCCGCCGAGUCGUCGAGUGCCGCCGCUGCUCCCGCUGCUCCCGCAGCGCACUCAGCUCCUGCUGCGUCGUCUACAAUUGUCGACGCCUCCGUCUCGGCUCCAAUCGAGCCGGCUGCCCCCGUCGGCGAACAGACCACCGACACCGAAGGCACCGGCACCGAUGACGCGGCCGGCUUCAGCGAUGUCGACUCGGCCGUCGGCUCGCUCUCCUACUCGUCCCUGACGUCAUUGACGGACAGCAUCCGCGAGUUUCGCCACGAGAACGGCCGGACAUAUCACUCCUUGAGUGCAGGCAAAUACUGGUGCCCGAACGACGAUCCCGAGAACAGCCGUCUUGACAUUCAGCACCAUGCACACCGUCUGACGUUUGAUGGCGCGCUCUGCCGCUGCCCUAAGGAGUCCGGUGCCAAGCGAGUGCUUGACCUGGGCACGGGCACGGGCAUCUGGGCCAUGGAGUACGCCGAUGAACACCCGGACGCCGAGGUCAUUGGUGUCGACCUGAGCCCCAUACAGCCCGAGUUCGUCCCGCCCAACUGCUCGUUCGAGGUCGACGACAUCGAGAAGGAGUGGACGUGGACCAAGCCCUUUGACUUUAUCUGGUGGCGCGCCCUGCUCGGCUGCUUCUCCGACGCCCAGGCCAUGGUCCAGAAGUGCUUCGACAACCUCGAGCCCGGCGGCUACCUCGAGAUGCACGACGGCACCUUCCCGCCCGAGUGCGACGACGGCACGCUGACCGAGGACAGCGCCCUGCUGCAGCUGACCAAGCUGGCCGCCCAGGCCUCGGCGAAUCUCGGCCGGCCCAUUGACGUGUCGCCGCAGUACGCCAGGAUGAUGGAGGAGGCCGGCUUCGUCGACAUUGUGUUUGCCAAGUACAAAUGGCCCACCAACCCGUGGCCCCGCGACCGCAAGAUGAAGACCAUUGGCUAUUGGACGCUGGCUAACGUCGAGCCCGGGCUGGAGGGCCUGUUUUUGGCGCUGCUGACCCGCGGUGCCGGCAUGACCAAGGAGGAGACAAUGGUGCUCUGUGCGCAGGCCCGCAACGACCUCCGCAACCCCAACAUUCACGCAUACUGGCCGGCCUACUACUGCUACGGGCGGAAACCGGAGUAG